UCUAGUCCUAGUUUAAGUGAAUUUUAGCUAGAUGUUCUUAGAAGUUGUUUCUGUUCGCUGGGAUGUUUGAUUUCUUUGCUUCGAUGUUUAUAUGAAAUGUGUUUGAUGUUUCUGAUGAAGCAGAAUGGAUGUGCUGAAUCUGCUGAGACGGCCGCUGCCUCCUAUAAAGACAGCACACUACACGACACUGUCCCCUACAAAGACAGCACACUACACGACGCUGCCUUCGCCCAGAUCUGCAGGUCGUGUUGGAGUGAAUCAUCCACAGACUCUUCGUGAGGAUGAUGAUGGUGUUGCUCCGAUCAUCAGUGGUUUCUCCCAGCAUCCUCAGCGUGCCGCACCUGUGCCUCGACCUCCUCGACCUCCUGACCUCUUCUGCCUCAGUGACUUCCUGCAGGUGAGCGGGUCGGGCCGCGGGUCAGCGGACGGGUGGAGGAGGAUGGUUCUGUCCCGCUGUAACUACAGGAAGCUGCUGCGUCUCUUCCUGUUGGAGCUGCACUGUGGAUGGCAGGAUGCAGUAGCCAAUCAGACGCUGAGCUGCGAGGGUUUGUCUCCGCCCACACGCAGGAUCCCUCGCAGACAGAUCAUAUGCGAGUUAGCAGCCAUGGUUCAGAUGGAAGCACGAGCACAAAACUCUUUCAGGAGUAAAUCUGGAGUUUGUCGAUCAUCUGAAGAUCAAUCAGUGAAUCAGCAAUGGACGAGACUGGAGAGACGGACUGAACACACACAACAUGAGGCCUACACAGUCUCUGGUUGUUCCGCAGCUCAUGAAGUUCUUCUGAAUGCUGUGACGAGCAAACACUUCCAGAAUUCCCGUCGCUCUCGAUCCCCGUUCCGUUGCGCGGGAGAGCAUGACAUCAUCAGUGCGUCUGAACUCGCCGUCCUCGACUGUGUCACGCGAGGAGGAACCAGACUCAGCUUCAAGGCUCAUUUCAUCUGUGAUCUUCCUGACGUGUCGUCACUGUCUGAACAUCUCCAGUAUCUGAACCUGUCCUUCAAUGACCUCACACAAGUUCCUCAGGAGGUGUGUGAUCUUCAUCAGCUGCAAGUGUUGAAGAUGAGGAAUAACCCCAUCGAGGAGCUUCCUGCUCAAAUCAGCAAACUCCACAAGCUCCAGACGCUAGUCGUCUCCUUCUGCAAGAUCACACAGCUCCCCGAGCAGCUGUACUCUCUUCCGUGUCUGCAGUAUCUGGACAUGUCCUAUAAUCUCCUCAGUUCUCUCAGCAGUGACAUCAGACACCUCAGGUCAAGCUCUGGAGUUCAUUCAGUUUUAACUAACAGUAAUGUGAUACCACACCAUCAUUCACUAAAAGGCCAGACUAAAGGCCUGUUCACACCUAAACCAAUGACUACAAUGCUUAAUAUAAUAUCUAUACUCUUCAAAGCAGGGAGGAUUCUGAACUCUCUAAGUUUGUAUAGUUUAUCAGCUGGAAAAAAUUACUCUGAAAGUGAUUCCAGUCAUAAUGAUAUAUUCCAAUGGUAUAUUCUGUGUGGUGUGUGUGUGUUCAGGUCUCUAAGGUCUCUAAACAUUGAAGGGAAUCAGUUAGUGGCUCUUCCCCCUGGUCUGCUCCAUGUGUCCAUGUCGGAGCUCAGGAUGUCUGGGAAUUACACACAUGUGUUACUGUGGAGCGAGAACAGCUGCAACUCUCCUCAGACGCUGCUGCACACGGCUGCACACACACUCGCACACACACACGCACAGCAGCGCUACACACACCUGCCACCUGCUGCACGGGUCAUCCUGAACAGUGCUGGUGUGUGUGACGCUUGCUCGGGUCCCAUGUUCGGUGCGGGUCUCAAGCUCAUCCGUCCCGUUCCCAGCGUGUUUGGGCUUCCGUCUGUCCCGGUCCUCUUCUGCUGCUGUUCUCCUGCGUGUCUCCACAGAUUCAGGAAUCACACACAACCAGACGCCGUCUGAUCAGACAAGAGCCACUGUGUUUACACUUCUUUAAAACACCUUCAGAGGAAAAUGGACAAAUCAUGUCAAAUCCUUUUCAUUUGGACUGUUCUGAACUUCCUCUCAAGCCCAGAUACUGUCCUGCUCAUGAAAUGUUAUAC